AUGUACCUGGCACCCCGUGACCUGGCACCCCACAACCUGGCACCCCACGACCUGGCACCCCGCGACCCGGCACCCCGCAACCUGGCACCCCACAACCGGGCACCCCGCGACCUGGCACCCCGUGACCCGGCACCCCACAACCUGGCACCCCACGACCUGGCACCCCGCGACCCGGCACCCCGCAACCUGGCACCCCACGACCGGGCACCCCGCGACCGGGCACCCCACGACCCGGCACCCCGCGACCCGGCACCCCGCGACCCGGCACCCCGCGACCUGGCUCGAUCGGUGCUGGAGACCCACGGGCAGGAGCUGCGGUUGCUCAAGCUGCUGGGAGUCACCAGGACGACGUUCGACUGGGGUACCCAUUUCAGCAUCAACUUCACCGCCCGCCAGCCCGCUUGCCCCAAAAACCUCCCCGACCGCCGCGGCGCCGGCUGCCAAGCGCGGCCGGGCAGGGUGCAGCGGUGCACGGCCCAGGUCUCCGUUUUCGCCUUCCUGCCCGACGUGCCGCUGUCGAUGGUGGAAUGCGGCCGGGAGCCGCAGCCCGGCGGCAGCACCCAGCCUCGCCCCCCCGGCGCCCCGCGAGCCUUCGGCACCAGCCCGGGUCACUCCUCCUCCUCCUCCUCCUCCUCCUCCUCCUCCUCGAGGCCACCCCCUCGUCCUCGCCCCCCCGCCAGCGCGUCCCUCACAGGGACUUCCCGCCGCUUUUUGUCCCCAACGGACCUGGAAUAAAGAGAUUUCGGGGU